GCCACAUUCCCAUGCAUAAAACAGAGUAAGCAAGCCAGUCUCCAAUUAACCCAAACAUGAAGCACAUACCAAGCUCCAUUGAAAUCACAGAGAUGGAAGCAGAGAGGAACCAGAAGGAGGAAAUGCAGAACAAGGCAACAGUGGAAACACUCUACAAGGCCCUCUUAGGACAAGGUCAAAUGGACACAGUGGCAAACAUGCUAGCAAGCGACCUCGAGUGGUGGUUUCAUGGCCCCCCACAGUGCCAACACAUGAUGAGGAUCCUAACCGGAGAAACCGCCACCAACAACGGUUUUCGCUUCGAACCCAGAAGCCUUACCGCUAUCGGCGACUGUGUCAUCGCCGAAGGCUGGGAAGGAAAGGCCUACUGGGUUCACGUUUGGACCCUCAAGAACGCCCUCAUCACACAGUUCAGAGAGUACUUCAACACAUGGCUUGUGGUCAGAGACUUGAGGUCUCAAACAUGGCAGAACAAGCUUCAAAACAUCACAUUGUGGCAAAGUCAGCCCCGUGAUCUCUAUCGCCGAUCCUUGCCGGGGCUUGUCUUAGCCAUUUAGCUAUAACAGAAACAAAUGCUACCAACAUACUACUAUAGCACAGAAAAUUUACUGUGUAAGUGCAUAAUUCAGAUCAAUCUCUACGUUGCUUUUGUUGAUAUUGAUCAGAAGUAUGCACAUGUGUACAGUAAAUUUUCCGUAAGGUGAAAUUUGUGUGAGGUUUGUUAGUUUUAUUUAAUUAGUUUAGUGAAACCUUCAUGAAUUUGAUCAAUAAUGGAAAGUGUGUUGAAAAGGGUAUGUUGCUGGUACUGUGAUAUAGCUCUAGGUGUUGGUGAAAGUUCAGGAAUGUGAAGUUGUGAUGUUUAGUGAACUUGUGGUCAACUCGACCACAUUGGUUUUCGUACAUAUUUGUACUGAUUAAUUGUUCAAUAAAAUGACAGUGAAGUUGAAACUGUAAGUA